AUGGUUCUUUCUUUUAUUCUUAUCCAGAACAGGCAAGGCAAAACUCGCCUGGCAAAGUGGUAUGCGCCAUACAAUGACGAUGAGAAAGUGAAAUUAAAGGGAGAGGUCCACCGCCUCAUUGCCCCUCGAGAUCAAAAAUAUCAAUCCAACUUCGUCGAGUUCCGUCGCAGCACAAAGAUCGUUUAUAGGAGAUAUGCCGGUCUAUUCUUCUGUGUCUGUGUCGAUGCGAACGACAAUGAACUAGCAUACUUGGAAGCUAUCCACUUUUUCGUGGAGGUCUUAGACCAGUUUUUCGGCAAUGUCUGUGAGCUUGAUUUGGUUUUCAACUUCUACAAGGUCUAUGCUAUUCUCGACGAGGUAUUUCUCGCUGGCGAGAUUGAGGAAACGAGCAAGCAGGUUGUGCUAACAAGAUUGGAGCACCUGGAUAAGCUUGAAUGA